AUCUUAAUGGUUUAUAAAUUCAACAAAUAAACUUCUGACCACACUUCGUUGGUAGAUUGUUUUUAUUAUCUCCAGUUUAUUUAACAGUAUGAGUUGUAUGUUGAUUAAUAUUUAAAGUUUACAGUGAUUGCGACUUUUAACGAUAAUUCCCGCAUGUUUAUAUGUACUGUUUUGAAGUGUACAGUUUUCAGAUUACAUACAUAUGUGACAUGUGUUAAGUGUGAAUUAACAGUAAACAUUCUCCAAUCUGUUGCAUAUAAUUUAUGCGUUUGUCACCCAUAAAGUGAUCCACGGUUAGUUUUAUUGAAUACAUUCGGAAAAAAUUGAGUUUUAUCAGAUUCCAAUAAGAUGUUUUUCCUUGUAUUUUCAUUACUAUGUAUAUUGAAAGAUACAGUUGCGAUUGACAGUUUGAAAGUGGCUUUUCAAUGGAAGCAAAUCGAUUAUGAUUUUCCAAGUCCCGAAGCGAAAUGGGAUGCUACAAACAAAAGACAAUAUAUUCCAGAAAAUAAUUUACCUUUAGGAUUAGAAGUAUACGGAGAUAGGAUAUUUAUUACAUUACCAAGGUGGAAAGAAGGAGUGGCUGCGUCGUUAACAUACAUUAAAAUGACGGAUAAUCCAGUUUCUCCAUUGCUUCGUCCGUAUCCCGACUGGGAAACACAUAAUCAAGACGUUGAAAUUCCUGGUAUAGUAUCAGCUUUCAGGAUACGAGCCGACAGCUGCGGUCGUUUAUGGGUCAUAGAUUCAGGUUAUAAAAAUAUGUUGGAUCAAACAAUAGCUAAGAAAGUAACGCCAAGACUUUUGAUUUUUGAUUUAACAACAGACAAGCUUAUCCGCACUUACGAAAUACCGAAAGAUCAAUGGCAUACCGAGGAAAGUUUUUUUGCAAAUAUUGCGGUAGACGAAAAAAAUUGUGAUGACAGUUUUACGUAUUUGGCAGAUUUAGGACAUCCAGCUUUAGUGGUUUACGAUUAUAAACAAAAUAAAUCUUGGAUGAUACAGCAUCACUACUUCAACAUCGAUCCUUUAGCAGGGAAAAUGAACGUUUCAGGGAUAUCUUUCCAAUGGGAAGACGGAUUAUUCGGUCUAGCCCUUUCUGAAAAAGAUUCUGAAGGAUACAGCACCCUGUACUUCCAUCCAAUGACCAGUUUUAACGAAUUCAAAGUGAGCACGAAAAUAUUAACGAACGAAGAAUUAGUUAAAAACUCGACAGCUAUCUUCGGAGAAUUCAAACUACUUGGUUCUAGAGGACCUAAAGCACAAAGUGGUGUAUCAUUUUUACACAAGAAGACCGGAGUUUUAUUUUACGCAUUAAUCAAUCUAAACGCUGUCGCUUGUUGGAGAACUUCCCUUAAAAAUUACACCAUGGAAUCUCAAGGCAGGGUGUUCAUGAGCAAUGAACUCAUGGUGUUUCCUAAUGAUAUUAAAGUAGAUGCUAACGACACCAUAUGGGUUCUUUCCGAUAAACUUCCCAUAUUUAUGUAUAAACAUCUAAAUUAUCGAGAAUAUAAUUUCAGAAUUUUGAAAUCUUCUGUUAAAGAAGCUAUAACUGGUACUACGUGCGAUUCGACAUUUAAAAUCGAUCACCAUAUAAUGAAAAAUAUCACAUUAGCUAAUAAAUCAAAAUUGAAUAUAACAGGUAAUAACACCAACCGAGGUAGUAGAACAAACACUGGUUUUUUCUCAAGAAGCGAAUCCGUUUUGUUGUCGUUAGUUAUUUUAAUUUUAAUAUCUAUUAGGUAGGUACUUAAACAAUGUGUUUGGACUUGACGAAAUUUGUUCGGAAAUGACGUUCAACCAUUUACAAUUGUACAUAAUCCAACAGCUUUGCCAUUCGUCCCAUUUAUAUAUUUAUAUUCGAUCGUUGCAGGUCGAUUUCUACGGACCUGGUAUAUUUCCUUUUCCUGUUUUCGUAGCUAGAUCCUCAGUUUUCAUUUUGUUAGGGCCCAUUUUGAAAUGCUACAUGCUACAAUAAUUUGCUUGUAUCUCAUAGCUCUCAUUCGAACACGGUGGAAACCAGGUGCUGAGAAUUUAUUGUCUGCAGUACCAAUCGAAACGUCAUAGUCUAGAAUUUCAUUCAUAUCAUCCUCGUGAUUAUCAGUCUCUUCGCAAUCAUCUUUGUUCAUCAUAUGUUUGCUCCGAAAUUGCCUCCUGAUUAGACGAAAGAUUAUGCAGCUCGGGAUUAUGAUAAUCAUCAUGUUAGUCAUAUCCCUCUGACUGCAAUUUCAGUUUCACUAUCUGCAAUUCCACGAUUUUAAUGAUCAGUUUCGGAAUCGCAUUUCUAUCUCAGAUUUUUUUGACUCUUCCAUGUCAUCGGAUAAAUCUAAAUUUCGUCUCAAAUCUUUGUUGCACGCAAUUGGAUUCAAUUAUGUAAAACCGUUUUUCCUUUCAGAUGAUUCGCUAAACGGUCUCUGCGCUUCUCAAUCUUAGUAUCUGUACUUUUUGAAAUAGCGCAGUAAUUUCUUGGUAGUAGAGAAUAGGGAACAUCUAAAGGUUAGUGUGUACCAUAAACCUGCAGAUUUUCUGCGCGACUAAUGGAAGGUAAAGGUUAAGGUUCGUCUUGUGCAGUAUGUUGUUGGACUAGAUCUAAUUGUUUCCAAUAAAGAUCUGCGUUAACAGUUUGUCCAAUUACAGUACCUUGAAACGACUAAUUAGGCAUAUACCAAACACACAUUUGGAGAGAGCAACUACCUUUUGCACAAAAGAUCCGUUUACCUCUCCAGUGAUCAAUUGUAUGGUGCAGUCGAGGUAAUAAUUAAUUUUUCUAUUUCUUUAUUGAUGAGGAUUAUAUGAAAAUAAUAUUAGAUUGUUGAUUUUAUGAUUAUUCUAAUUGAUAAUUAGUUUUUGAACGAGGUAAAAAGAUUGACAUUUCGACUAUUUUACUUUUCAUCAAAAUGUACGAGGUCUGGCUAUUAAAUAACGAGACUGCGCGUCUAGAGGGCGCCCUAGACGGGUAUCUAGAUGUCUUGUCUAUCAAUCUCAAAUCUCAAAUUUCUCGUUAAAUUGGAAAAAAAACUCCGACUAAGUGCUAUAAAUUGUUGAAAGAGGCCUUCCAGCAUUCGAAUGUAGAAUAAUUUUUAUAAUAAAACCCUUUUUCGUAACGAGUUUCGUUAUUUAAUAGCCAGGUCUUUUCUAAUUGAAAAUUACUUUUGAAAAAGUUAAAAAUAUUGAUGUUUUGACUUAUUCCGGUCUUUAUCGAAAGAUUUCGAUCUUUUGUUCUUACAGGCUGAACUAGAAAAAGUAUUAAAGGUUGAAGCAGCUCUAAACAUUUGAACUUACAACACGAAUAAUUUGGUUUUGUACAAAACUAAUUUCGUAAAUUAUUUUUUUACAGUUUAAACAUUUGCUAUGUGCUUGUACCAUAAUUUUUUAGAAUCUAUGAAACGAUCGACUUUUAUUUAUUUGUUGAGUGAAGAUUUAUUUAUUUUAUAAAAAUCGCUCAAACCUUUAUGUUUAUUAAAUAUUAUUUAUGUGCCACAAAAUGUUUAUAAAAAUUGUUACUAUGAAUUAAAAUUUAUGAAAAUUG